GAAGAAUUUUGGUAUGUUAUGAAAGGAUUCCUCUCCAUAUAUAUUGAAAUUGGAGGGUUUAGACGGUUUUAUUGAACUAAUUGCUUUAAGUAUUUUUAGAAUUGAUUUGAAAUCUCAAUAAUUAACAAUGCAAUUGAAAAACUUCCCUUCGUGGGCGUUAAACAAAAUAUUCAGUCUCGAGAGCGAACCUAGACGAGUGCUCUCUUCUCACAGCAAUUGCUCUGAUGAAGAACGAAGAUUAUUAACAGAAGACGAUCGUUCAUUAGUUGAUGGCCAAAGUUAUGUAGAACCAAAUAUUCCAUCUGUUUAUGGAUCUAUGGUUCCAGUUCCUCAACAAAUACAACAACACCAUGUUCAUCCUUGGGGACAAGCAGUCGAUGACAGUGCUCACGGAUUGACUACGAUUAAACAUGAGUUUGCGGAAUUGCUUCGACUGGGCAUACCGACUGUAUUUGCCUAUUUAUUUCAGUCCUCAGAACAAUUUUCCACUGUUUUUAGUCUCGGUCAUUUAGGAAAAGAGUAUUUGGCUGCUUCUUCCCUUUCCACAAUGACUGCUGCCAUCACAGCCUUUUCCAUGUUCCAGGGCAUUAUUUCUUCUCUAGAUACUCUUGCUACACAAGCAUUUGGUGCAAACAAACCGUAUAAUGUGUCCGUUUAUUUUCAACGGUGUUGUUUUAUCCUUCUUCUUUUACAUAUUCCGAUUUCCAUUAUUUGGUUGAACUUGGAGAGUAUCCUCGUUUUUCUUCGUCAAGAUCCCGUGGUCGCACAUUUGUGUGGUCGAUACAUGAAGGUUUUUAUCUUUGCAGCUCCGGGGUAUGCAUCAUUUGAAGUUAUGAAGCGUUAUCUUCAAGCGCAAGGUAUUUUCAAGCCCAUCACUUGUGUCCUUUGUUUUGCUGCUCCUUUAAAUAUGCUACUUAACUAUCUUUUAGUGUGGCAUCCUAAAAUCGGUUUCGGAUUCUUAGGUGCGCCUACAGCCGUUGCAAUCACCUUUUGGGUUCAAAGUAUAAGUUUAAUGACUUACGCUCGUUUUUCGUCAUCCGUUAUUCCUUGGACGAAUUUUUCCAAGCGCGCUCUACAAAAUUUUAAGCCUAUGUUGACGCUGUCCUUUCAUGGCAUGUUGAUGAUUGUAACUGAAUGGGCCGCUUAUGAAAUGACAAGUUUAGGUGCCGGUUAUUUGGGAACAGCCUCUUUAGCGUCACAAUCGGUCCUUCUCACCACCACUUCUUUGGCCUUCCAAAUUCCUUUUGCUUUUGCCGUUGCAUCUUCUACUCGCGUUGGUCAUCUCGUAGGUUCUGGAAGACCAAACUUGGCUCGUAUAUGCAGCCGAGUAGCUACUUGCCUUGCUAUCAUAGUCUCUGUUACUGACGGUCUUUUUCUAUUUAGCUUCCGUAACCAUUGGGGCCAUUAUUUCACUUCCGAUAAAGAAGUACUCGGAUUAGUACAGCAAGUAUUUCCUAUUCUGUGUCUCUUCAUCGUUUUCGACUCUCUGAAUGCGGUUGGAGGUGGAUUACUUCGUGGUAUCGGCAAGCAAAGUAUUGGUGGUGUUAUCAGCGUCGCUUGUAACUAUUGUAUUGCCCUACCUGCUGCUCUCGUCUUUGUGAAUGUGUUUCACCUUGGCUUAAAAGGUAUUUGGAUGGGAAUGAUAGUUGCUGUUACAACUGGCAUUACCUGUCAGUAUACCGUUUUAGCCCAUAUUAGUUGGCACAAGGUUCUCCAAGAAGCGUUGCAAAGAAUGGCUCACAUUUGAUCCUUGUAAAUAAACGAUCUAAAUUUAUUAAUACUUCACACAACCAAUUUUCCUCUGGAUUUCCCCGGCGUACCUUGGAAUUUUUGCUUUCGCCCUCAUCUUCGUUCCUUAUUUAGAUCUUCUUUGGUAUCUAUCUCCUUUUUCGUCCAUUAAUUAAGUUUCCUGGCCCGGAAUUUCCUUAUACAAUUAUGUUUGAGCUUAUAGGCAUAGUAGCCUUCGGUAUUACUCGCUGCGACAAUCAUUUCCUUUCGUUGCAUUAUACAUUAUUAAUAGAAUUUUACAAUUAAUACAUAGACUUUUAAGAGUAUCUACUCUACAAAUAGACUUGAGCUUAUAGGUAAUACAUCCUAUUUCUGUCUAAUUAUAAAGAUAACAUAAAUAAAUAAGAAAUAAGAAUAUAAAUUUUAU